AUGACCUCCGCAGCUCUGAAUAGGAAGUCCAUCGAGGUCUUUGUUCGAUGGCGACGGCUGACACAGUCGGAAUCUGCGCAAGACGAGGUCGUUCAGGAAAUAGGUUCUGGAGAUGGCCGUUCCCUGUUGUCAAUCUCCGUAAGCAGGCAGGGUCAGACAGGCAACCAGUCGUGGACGAGCCCUCCGGCCUUCAAAGCCAUAUUCAAUCCAGAACACGACAACGGGGCGAUAUUUGACUCGAUCGUUGCGCCUGCUAUCCCGCGGGUUCUACAGGGUGGGAACUGCAACUUUUUUGCAUACGGACAUACCGGUAGCGGCAAGACACAUACAAUCCUGGGUUAUAAUUACGACGCUGAGAAAGAGCUCGGAUUGACUCUCGCGGCUGCUCGCCAACUUUUUGAGGCAAUCCACGUCUUGAACGAGGACAAUCCUGCCGAAGAGAAGCUGGGAAUUGGCUUCAGCUUGUUCGAAAUGCGAAAGAAGUCGGCCUUUGAUCUUCUCAACCGACGUGCAGAGUGCCACAUCAGAGAAGGCGCCGACGGCAAGGUUUACAUCCGCGGGGAAACUGAGAUGCUCCCGGGCGACAAAGUCAGGGUCUGCCCAAUCGUCAAGCAACCCUGCUGGACCUAUGGAUCUUUCCGCCACGAGCUGACUCAGGCCCUUGGCCGCCGAGCCGUCGGCUCGUCGACUCUUCACGACCAGAGCUCCAGGACUCACGCGAUCUUGGAGUUAGAAGUUAUCUGCCAAUCGCUCGUAGAUGCACGUCAGGCUGUCAUAGAGCGGCAGUCAGAGUUGGUCCCGGUGGGAAAGCGUGCGACCGACGUCCACCUGGAGGAACAGUACAAGGGCCUCAUCGCCCUUCCAGAGGGUGGAUGGGCAUACAACCCCGAUUAUCAGAUCAACCAAGAGCGCAUUGACGCCGCCGAAGCCGAGAAGGCUGACUGCGAAGAAAAGGUUGCUGCUGCAGAAGAACUUGUGGAUCAGAUUCUCGAGUCGUGUGCAUCUCCCUGCCUGGGGGCCAAGAUGGUAUUUGUCGACCUCGCUGGUGCUGAGUACCAACACGAAAAGGAGAGCGCUCGACCACAAAUGGCCAAGCAGACCCCUCAAGAGCGCCAGGAAGGUCGUCAGAUCAACACGGACCUGCUAGCGCUGAAGGAGGUGAUGAGGGCCUGGUCCAACAAUCAGCCGAGAAUACCAUUCCGGUCGUCGGCACUGACCAUGGUGCUCCGCGAGCAUUUCUUGAGUUCGGAAAAGGGAAAUUCGGCCAUGAUCGUCACCGUCUCACCUGCGAGGGACCAGUACUCUGCCACACUGAAUUCUUUGAAAUACGGAAGUCUGGUUGGCGUUGCAGCCGCAUAG